AUGGCUACGGCUGCAACUCCUGCCACAAACAUGGCAAUGAUCAAGCCUUGUGUAUGUUCUUCUCGGAAAGUAUUUAUGUCAAAUGCAGCAAAUUUCAGUACUGAAUCUAGAGAGGCAUCUUGGAAUAGGCUUACUAGCUCUUCUCACAUGUCAUCAAGGCAACCAUUUUCCCAGAGCAUUUCUUCAGCACCAGUAAAAUUUAAGAAGGUUGUUACAAGAGCAAUGUCUAGGGUGAACGAGAACAAGCCUCUGCCAGGAUUGCCUGUUGAUUUAAGAGGUAAGAGAGCAUUUAUUGCUGGUGUAGCUGAUGACCACGGAUAUGGCUGGGCAAUAGCAAAGUCCCUUGCUGCUGCAGGUGCUGAAAUUAUUGUUGGUACAUGGGUGCCUGCCUUGAACAUAUUUGAAAGCAGCUUACGGCGUGGGAAAUUUGAUGAAUCACGCAUAUUGCCAGAUGGUUCUUUAAUGGAAAUUACUAAAGUUUACCCAAUGGAUGCAGUUUAUGACAGUCCUGAGGAUGUUCCUGAGGAUGUAAAAUCAAACAAACGUUAUUCAGGGUCCUCAAAAUGGACUGUUAAGGAGCUUGCUGAAGCGGUGAAGCAGGAUUUUGGAAGCAUUGACAUCCUUGUGCACUCCCUUGCUAAUGGGCCAGAGGUUACCAAACCUCUCCUGGAGACAUCCAGGAACGGAUAUCUUGCUGCCAUCUCUGCAUCAAGUUACUCCUUUGUUUCCUUACUGAAGGAAUUUGUUCCAAUAAUGAAUCCUGGUGGCGCUUCAAUUUCUCUAACUUACAUUGCUUCUGAAAGGAUCAUUCCCGGCUAUGGUGGAGGCAUGAGUUCAGCAAAGGCUGCUCUGGAGAGUGAUACACGAGUGCUGGCUUUUGAAGCUGGAAGAAAACACAAAAUUAGAGUCAACACAAUAUCUGCAGGCCCAUUAAGAAGUCGUGCUGCGAAAGCAAUUGGAUUUAUUGAUAUGAUGAUUGAUUACUCAUUGGCCAAUGCACCCCUACAGAAGGAACUAUCUGCUGAGGAGGUGGGAAAUGCAGCUGCCUUCCUGGCUUCACCCUUGGCUUCGGCUAUCACUGGAGCAGUUUUGUAUGUUGACAAUGGUUUAAAUGCAAUGGGAGUGGGAGUGGACAGCCCGAUAUUUGUGAAUCUUGACAUUCCAAAAAGUAUCUAG